CAGUAUUCAGCUCGUAAUGUAGCAACCUUGGUCCUGGAUUCAGCUCGUAAUGUCCCACGAGCCAGCUCCUUAUUAGGCCGGAAUCUGGAACUGGUUACAUUUUGUACCAACUCGAGGCACAGGUACAAGAUCGACACAUUAGGCUGGCCUCUGUGACACAUAUAUUCCGGGGAGCAAUUAAUGCACCUGAGCAAUUAACUUGCUACUUCAAUAGUUUUUUAAGUUGUCAUGCAAUCACUAGUGUAUAAUUAGUUCGUCAUUUUACCUAACCAUGGUGUACUAAUCGGCUAUCUGCGUACAGUUUAUAUGCACCCCAAUUACAUCCAUCCAUUUCUAUUCGGCUAAUUGAAGCAUGCAUUUGCCUUAAAGUGCUAAUCAUGUAAUUUUUAACUUAUCGUGCCGCAAAUUGCCCCGACAAUCGCUCGAUAUGCAACACUGUAACCUUUUUUUCUUGAUUUGACCGGACAAUCCUUAUCGUCUCACCACCACGCGCACUCAAAUCAUUUACUGUUCUUCUCCCCCUCCCCACUUCUCACCUACCGGAAAUGCUCACCGCGGCGCUCAAGAUUAAAAUCUCCCGGGAUCCCACCGCCACCGCCGCCGGCACACAAUCAACACUUUGCGGCCACUUUCUCAAUAGCUCGGAUGCUUCCACCCCCCUUCGACCUGCCCCGGAUUGGUCAUUGUUAGGGCUAUGGCUAUGCGCAGCAAGCCGGGCGUAGAGCCACCCCCGCAAGACGUAAACAACCCAUUAUCUGAUCGAGUCGAAGAUCCUGCCAGGCACCCACUAGCCGAUGCAACUCUCACCUCUCGCAUAUCUAUCCAGAAGUUUUGCUGCGUUGUAUCACAAUUUAGUAACUUCAAGCGCGGUCUCGUGACUGGAUUCGGAGGGCUGAUGCAUUUAAAAAUCACACACAAGUUGAAUCUGAAAUUCAGCUCAUCAUUGAUGGUCAGAGUAGAUCCAGACGAAUGCGUAUUAGAACUUGAUCGAUCAAGGAAAAUACCAAUCACAGACCAAGAAAUAAACGAUGCAUUCGGUUUGCCACAAGGAAGUAGGAUCAUUCCUCCAGGCCAUUCAGAUCUAUCUGAAGUUUGCAUAGAGUUCAGCAGAUUGGCUUCAAGCAUUAGUACAAAAGGCGUGCAUAGUUUGAAGGCAGCUGAAUUUAUACUAUCAAAGCAACUUGCUGGUCUCACCACAUGCCGGUUGAUAGAUAGCAACCCAUCUGGCCAAAUAGUGAACCAUGACCGGCAUAGACGUGCAAGUAUGCUGCCAGACGAUCUUUCUGACAGUGAAGGAAGCUCCACUGGACAUAUCCACCAAGCUCGGAAAAGGGUAUAUGUAGAAAGCACUGACAACAUUCUAGACAACACACACAUCGGACAAAACAAGAAGCACCAAAACGACGAACAAGGCAGUUCUUUUCAGGAUGGCAACCACAUCCAUCUUUCUUUGUCACCGGCCACAUCAGCAUUGGGCACCAACUCAUCAAUUGACCUAAUUAGCCUUGUAUAUUAUCAUGAUCAACUGUUUUCCAGUCUUUUAAUGCUUUACGAAGAUCGGUCUGGAGUUGUGUUUUCACAGCUGACAGACAUGAGCCCACCAACCGCACAUUUACCCUGCAAAUAAUUUUUGUCGGACCCAUGGUCUUCUACUCCCUCGUCACCGUCUUACACGCCCGAUUCAAGCAAAAUCAUUGCCUUUUGCAUAUCAGAUGAUUAUGCUGACAACAUGUCUAGGACAUGGAUUGAUCACCCAAUGCCUAGUCUGUUACUAUUGCAGGGGAAUAUUAUACGUGACCAGAUCAUCGGCAAAGAGGCAACAAGCCAUGAAUGCAUGACCCUUAUUCUUCGCCGCUUAGCACAAAUCGAGCGGAAAAACUCAACAAAUGGAGAUGAUGCAAUUUCGCGAAAGUUCAUGGAACCAGACUUUACGACACUUGUCAUCCGCAACAUAGACCCCAUGUUUGUCGUUUCAGUCCAAACCGAACUCUUAAUGGAGAAACACAUCGACCAGUGCCGAAUGUUCAUUUUCCACACCACUCUUCAAUACGGCUGGUGCUGUUAUAUCUUAGAUAUGUUGAAGAAAAGGAUUGUCGUUCUCGACCCCCAAGCAGGCCCAUUUGGAUUUACGACCGAUCGAGUCAAAUUUCAUGAACAAGUCAGUCAUGCCCCAUGGGGCAUUCUUCAAAUGUGUAGAAUCUUUCUUCUCAAGUUGGCCCUGCACAUCUACUGGAUGGACAAGAGAGUUCCCUACAUUGAUGAUCGAAAAAAUCCCAAGUGAGCAGUUCGACAUCUAUUCGUUGUUCAUGGCAAGGUACUACGACGGCGAGUCACUACGGGUCCCGACCACGAAGGAAAACAUAUGUUUUUUUCGCCGGGCCAUCCUACAAGAUGUUAUGAAGCUUGAGAACAACAAAUCAGACGCACCAUACAUGGCAGUGGAGCACAUCAGAUCAUCUAUAAACAAUUUGUAGUUUGGUAGAUUUUUUUCAGUAACAAGAUGAGAAAUGUACCCUAGUCGGCUCAUUAGUAUUUUUCAUCAGGAGUUUGGUUUGCACAAACAUCCUUUGUAAUGUACCGUGAAUAAUUGUCAUGUGGCAUUAUAAUAUAUGCUAGCUAGACUAGGAUUUGUUUUCGUUUA